AUGGAGUCCAAUCUGUCCGCCCUGUCGCUGAAUCAUGAAGACAGUCCGGUUUACAUUCAGCCACACUACAAAGAAUCCUACCGUCUGGCCAUUUAUGCCCUGCUCAGAGGAGGGAAAGAGGCCUACGAGGAGUUCCUCCGAGCUGAGCAGAUAAGACACUUUCUUUCAGAGGAGGAGAUCUCUUUCAUUUUAGAAAAUGCAGAGUUACCGGUUGAGGAGGAGAACUCCACGGAGAGACAGGUCACAGAAGAGAUCUACCCCUCUACUUACUUCCCAAUAGAGUCUGAUGAGGAGGUGCCGGACCUGGACCUGGGCUGGCCAGAGGUCACGCUGGAGGGCCUGGACACCAGCAUCAGCCUGCUGUUCCACCCACCAAGACAAAACACACCAACCAUCAAAGAAGUGAUUCGGAAACAGAUUCAGGAGGCGAGGCAGAUGAUCGCCAUAGCGAUGGACAUCUUCACUGACGUCGACAUUUUCAAAGAGAUCAUCAACGUGGCACUCAAGGGGGUGGUGGUCUACAUCGUUCUGGAUGACUCCCAGUUCAAGAGCUUCUACAACAUGUCGCACAAGAUGGGUGUCAACAUCCAAGACAUCAAGACCAUUCGUGUUCGGACGGUUCGGGGACAGCAGUAUCAGUGUCAGUCUGGGUUGAGGUUUCAUGGAAGUUUGGAGCAGAAAUUUAUACUGGUGGACUGCAGAACAGUUUUGUAUGGAACAUACAGCUACACAUGGUCGUAUGAGAAGAUCAGACUGAGCAUGGUCCUGGUGAUCACGGGUCAGCUGGCUUGCUCUUAUGACGAGGAGUUUCGACGGCUGUAUGCUCGCUCCAUAGUACCUGAACUUCUGUCCACCUGUGGUCAGGGGCUGAGAGACAACGUGAGCCUGCUCAGCUCCAGCCAUCUCUCCAUCCACCAAAUUAACAUGAGAUCCAGAGCGAUGCCCAGCAUGAGAAGUGCUCAGGAUGACAGGUUUAACACUGCCAGCAUGCUGACCAGGGGCUUGAGCAUGCAGGAGAGGCUGAAUCAGUCUCACUAUGUCACUGAGAUGGGGAAUCUGGUGAGGGGACACAGUUAUGGAGGAGAUCUGCAGAGGUUAAACUCCAUGAGCCGGCUGAGGAUGGGGGCCAAGGACAUUGGCCCUCUUGAGAGGACUGCCUCUGCCUUAAUGCUAACCAACAGCUUGUCACAGCAGCACCUUAGACACCGGACUCUCUACGGUUCGGACCAGAAUGCGAUACCGUUCUGCUCUGAGACGUCCCUCAACAAGUGGAAAAUCGACACAUACCUUAAUGACAGUAAUGCGCCUCCAGAUGGGUCAUGUGAUGUGUUGUCUCCUUUGACGUCCCCAUAUGGCAGUCACAUAGGCUUAAACGAGCAUCAGUCACAGCUGAUUCACAGCAGAUCGAGGGAUGUUAAGUCCAGGUUGGAGGAAAUGAGGCAAAACAGACUCAGUCAGCAGGAUGGCAUCAAUCUCAAGCAGAGCCAAGAGUCCAUAAGGUCCAUGUAUUCGACUUUGGAAAGACCUAAAUUAAUGACUUCAUUAAGAGGUCUGGACAUAAGGCAGAGCAUGGCAGAAUUAGAGCCAUAUACACAAGACAGCUGCAGCUUGGAACCAGCCAAUCACAAAGACAGUGAGCCAAAAAUGGAAGCCCAUCUCACUGACGGGCACCGCUCUGCAUCUCACUAUGACAUCAAAACAAUUCUAGAUCGAAAGACGUACGACUGGCAUGAGCCUCUUUCCAGGACGACCUCAGCUACAGAUCUAGAUAUAAAACUCAAUGAACCAUCACUCAAGUAUUCUCAACAGCCAAGAGGGAUGGUGUCUUUGAUUGAAAUCCCUGAAGAGAAAGAAGGUUCAAAUACACGCGUCAACUCUGCGAACUCCAUGAAAUCGAGCAUACCUCCAGAAUCUCAGCAUCAGGAUGUACACAGAGAAAGUGAGGACUCUACAGGUUACAGUUCGGGCUCCGCUGCUCAAAGAGAAGGCGAUAAAUCAGUAUCCGGCGAGACAGAAACUAACCCAAGGAUCUUAAACACAUCUGCAGGAUCUCAGCUUGUUGCAGAUUCUAAUGGUCAGACAGAAAAGCAGCAGGAGGAAAACCCAUUUCAGAGGAAGAAUUCCCUAAAGUUGAAAGUAUAUUCACUGCUUAUGUCAGAUGAAAAGAAAGCAUCCAAAAAAGAGGAGAAGUUGCUGCAAAGAAAGGCCUCAUUUAAAUCACAGAAUCCCUCAGGAUCAAACCAAUCACUCAGGGCAGACAACUCAUGGACACCAUCUGCUGCAGAGCAAACAACAAAGAGAGGUGAAUCACCGAUCAUGCAGAACUCUGUCUGCUCUCCAUCUGAGACAGAAAAGCAUAAAUCUCCAUUCUCCUUUAGCAGGUUAUCUCCUCAGCGUUCAAGCAAAAAAAAGAUAAUCCCUGCAGAAGAGCAGGAACUAGGCUCAAGAAGCACUCUGAAUGACGAGACACCAACUGUCAGUCCAACCAGGAGAGAGAAAGUCUACAGUCGAUUUGAGUAUUUCCUGAGCACUGAUAAUAUUCCUCUGGACAAAUCAACGAGGACCGCAAGCAUGCAACCCUCAGACAAAGACAGAAGCUCUUACCUGAACAGGAGUGACUAUUCAAUGUAUCAGACACAAAGUAAUGCACAAAGCGCUGACAACAAACUGGGGAGAUUCAUGCAGCGAGUAGGAAAUCUCAUUGGCAAGAACAAGUAG